AUGGACGUGGACAUGGACGUGCACUCGGACGUGGACGUGGACAUGGACGUGGACGUGGUCGUGGACGUGGACGUGGAUGUGGACGUGGACGUGGAUGUGGACGUGGACGUGGACGUGGACGUGGACGUGGACCUGGACCUGGACGUGGACGUGGACAUGGACGUGGACAUGGACGUGGACAUGGACGUGGAUGUGGACAUAGACGUGGACGUGGACGUGGACGUGGACGUGGACGUGGACGUGGAGAUGGACGUGGACGUGGACAUGGACGUGGACGUGGACGUGGACGUGGACGUGGACAUGGACGUGGACGUGGACGUGGACGUGGACGUGGACGUGGACGUGGACGUGGACGUGGACAUGGACAUGGACCUGGACAUGGACGUGGACGUGGACGUGGACGUGGACAUGGACGUGGACAUGGACGUGGACGUGGACGUGGACGUGGACAUGGACAUGGAGGUGGACGUGGAGGUGGACAUGGACGUGGACGUGGAGGUGGACGUCGACGUGGACGUGGACGUGGACAUGGACGUGGAAAUUUGUGUGGACAUGGACGUGGACGUGGACAUGGACGUGGACGUGGACAUGGACGUGGACAUGGACGUGGACGUGGACGUGGACGUGGACGUUGACGUGGAUGUGGACGUGGACAUGGACGUGGACGUGGACGUGGACGUGGACGUGGACGUGGAUGUCGACUUGGACGUGGACGUGGACGUGGACGUGGACGUGGACAUGGACGUGGACGUGGACGUGGACAUGGACAUGGACAUGGACGUGGACGUGGACGUGGACGUGGACGUGGACAUGGACCUGGACGUGGACGUGGACGUGGACGUGGACGUGGACAUCGACGUGGACAUGGACGUGGACGUGGACGUGUACGUGGACAUGGACGUGGACAUGGACGUGGACGUGGACGUGUGGACGGACAUGGACAUGGACGUAGACGUGGACGUGGACAUGGACGUGGACGUGGACGUGGACGUGGACAUGGACGUGGACAUGGACGUGGACGUGGACGUGGACCUGGACGUGGACGUGGACUUGGACGUGGACAUGGACGUGGACGUGGACGUGGACGUGGACGUGGACAUGGACGUGGACGUGGACGUGGACGUGGACAUGGACGUGGACGUGGACAUGGACGUGGACGUGGACGUGGACAUGGACGUGGACGUGGACGUUGACGUGGACGUGGACAUGGACGUGGACGUGGACGUGGACGUUGACGUGGACGUUGGACGUGGACGUGGACGUGGACGUGGACAUGGACGUGGACGUGGACGUGGACAUGGACGUGGACGUGGACGUGGACGUGGACGUGGACGUGGACAUGGACGUGGAGUGGACGUGGACGUGGACGUGGACAUGGACGUGGACGUGGACGUGGACGUGGACGUGGACGUGGACGUGGACGUGGACGUGGACAUGGACAUGGACAUGGACGUAGACGUGGACGUGGACAUGGACGUGGACGUGGACGUGGACAUGGACGUGGACGUGGACGUGGACGUGGACAUGGACGUGGACGUGGACAUGGACGUGGACGUGGACGUGGACAUGGACGUGGACGUGGACGUGGACAUGGACGUGGACGUGGACGUGGACGUGGACAUGGACGUGGACAUUGACGUGGACAUUGACGUGGACGUAGACGUGGACGUGGACAUGGACGUGGACGUGGACGUGGACAUGGACGUGGACAUGGACGUGGACGUGGACGUGGACCUGGACCUGGACAUGGACGUGGACAUGGACGUGGACGUGGACGUGGACGUGGACGUAGACGUGGACGUGGACGUGGAAGUGGACGUGGACAUGGACAAAGACGUGGACGUGGACAUGGACGUGGACAUAGACGUGGACGUGGACAUGAAUGUGGACGUGGACGUGGACGUGGACGUGGACAUGAACGUGGACGUGGACAUCACCCCGCCCCAUUUUCCCGCUUUCCAACACCCCGCCCCAUUCUCCUGCUUUCCAUCACCCCGCCCCAUUCUCCCGCUUUCCAUCACCCCGCCCCAUUCUCCCUCUUUCCAUCACCCUUCCCCAUUCUCCCUCUAUCCAUCACCCCACCCAAUUCUCCCGCUUUCCAUCACCCCGUCCCAUUCUCCCGCUUUCCAUCACCCCGCCCCAUUCUUUUGCGUUCCAUCACCCCACCCCAUCCUCCCCUCUUUCCAUCACCCCGCCCCAUUCUCCUGCUUUCCAUCACCCCUCCCCAUUCUCCCUCUUUCCAUCACCCCGCCCCAUUCUCCUGCUUUCCAUCACCCCGCCCCAUUCUCCCGCUUUCCAUCACCCCGUCCCAUUCUCCCGCCUCAUUCCAUCACCCCGCCCCAUUCUCCCGCUUUCCAUCACCGCGCCCCAUUCUCCCGCUUUCCAUCACCCCGCCCCCAUUCUCCCGCUUCCCAUCACCCCGCCCCGUUCUCCCGCUUUCCAUCACCCCGCCCCAUUCUCCCGCUUUCCAUCACCCCGCCCCAUUCUCCUGCUUUCCAUCACCCAGCCCCAUUCUCCCUCUUUCCAUCACCCCGCCCCAUUCUCCCUCUUUCCAACAUCCCGCCCCAUUCUCCCGCUUUCCAUCACCCCGCCCCAUUCUCCUGCUUUCCAUCACCCCGCCCCAUUCUCCCGGUUUCCAUCACCCCGCCCCAUUCUCCCGGUUUCCAUCACCCUGCCUUAUUCUCUCACUUUCCAUCACUCUGCCCCAUUCUACUUCUUUCUAUCACCCCGCCCCAUUCUCCCUCUUUCCAUCACCCCGCCCCAUUCUCCCGAUUUCCAUCACCCCGCCCCAUUCUCUGGCCAAUUUCCAUCACCCCGCCCCAUUCUCCCGCUUUCCAUCACUCCGCCCCAUUCUCCCGGUUUCCAUCACCCCGCCCCAUUCUCCCGCUUUCCAUCACCCCGCCCCAUUCUCCAACUUUCCAUCACCCCGCCCCAUUCUCCCGCUUUCCAUCAACUCGACCCAUUCUCCCGCUUUCCAUCACCCCGCCCCAUUCUCCCUCUUUCGAUCACCCGCCCCAUUCUCCCGCUUUCCUUCACCCCGCCCCAUUCUUUCGCCUCUUUCCAUCACCCCGCCCCAUUCUCCCGCUUUCCAUCAACCCGCCCCAUUCUCCCGCUUUCCAUCACCCCGACCCAUUCUCGAGCUUUCCAUCACCCCGCCCCAUUCUCCCUCUUUUCAUCACCCUUCCCCAUUCUCCCUCCAUCCAUCACCCCACCCAAUUCUCCCGCUUUCCAUCACCCCGUCCCAUUCUCCCGCUUUCCAUCACCCCGCCCCAUUCUUUUGCGUUCCAUCACCCCACCCCAUCCUUCCCUCUUUCCAUCACCCCGCCCCAUUCUCCCGAAUUCUAUCACCCCGCCCCAUUCUCCCUCUUUCCAUCACCCCGCCCCAUUCUCCCGCUUUCCAUCACCCCGCCCCAUUCUCCCUCUUUCAAUCACCCCGCCCCAUUCUCUUGCUUUCCAUCACCCCGCCCCAUUUUCCCGCAUUCCAUCACCUCGCCCCAUUCUCCUGCUUUCCAUCACCCUGCCCCAUUCUCCCUCAUUCCAUCACCCCGCCCCAUUCUCUCGCUUUCCAUCACCCCGCCCCAUUCUCCCGCUUUCCAUCACCCCGCCCCAUUCUCCCGCUUUCCAUCACCCCGUCCCAUUCUCCCUCUUUCCAUCACCCCGCUCCAUUCUCCCGCUUUGCAUCACCCCGCCCUAUUCUCCCUCUUUCCAUCACCCCUCCCUAGUCUCCCUCUUUCCAUCACCCCGCCCCAUUCUCCCGCUUUCCAUCACCCCGCCCCAUUCUCCCGCUUUCCAUCACCCCGCCCCAUUCUCCCUCUUUCCAUCACCCCGCCCCGUUCUCCCGCUUUUCAUCACCCCGCCACAUCCUCCCGCUUUCCAUCACCCCGCCCCAUUCUCCCUCUUUCCAUCACCCCGCCCCGUUCUCCCGCUUACCAUCACCCCGCCCCAUUCUCCCGCUUUCCAUCACCCCGCCCCAUUCUCCCUCUUUCCAUCACCCCCCCUUGUUCUCCCACUUUCCAUCACCCCGCCCCAUUCUCCCGCUUUCCAUCACCCCGCCCCAUUCUCCCGCUUUCCAUCACCCCGCCCCAUUCUCCCUCCCUCCAUCACCCUGCCCCAUUCUCCCGCUUUCCAUCACCUCGCCCCGUUCUCCCGCUUUCCAUCACCCCGCCCCAUUCUCCCGCUUUCAAUCACCCCGCCCCAUUCUCCCGCUUUCCACCACACCGCCCCAUUCUCACGCUUUCCAUCACCCCGCCCCAUUCUCCUGCUUUCCAUCACCCCGCCCCAUUCUCCCACUUUCCAUCACCCCGCCCCAUUCUCCUGCUUUCCAUCACCCCGCCCCAUUCUCCAGCGUUCCAUCACCCCGCCCCAUUCUCCCGCUUUCCAUCACCCCGCCCCGAUCUCCCACUUUGCAUCACCCCGCCCCAUUCUCCAGCUUUCCAUCACCCCGCCCCAUUCUCCCGCUAUCCAUCACCCCGCCCCGUUCUCCCACUUUCCAUCACCCCGCCCCAUUCCCCGCUUUCCAUCACCCCGCCCCAUUCUCCCGCUUUCCAUCACCCCACCCCAUUCUCACUCCCUCAAUCACUGCGCCCUAUUGUCCCUCCUUCCAUCACCCUGCCCCAUUCUCCCGCUUUCCAUCACCUCGCCCCAUUCUCCCGCUUUCCAUCACCACGCCCCAUUCUCCCCGCUUUCCAUCACCCCGCCCCAUUCUCCCGCUUUCCAUCACCCCGCCCCAUUCUCCCGCUUUCCAUCACCCUGCCCCAUUCUCUUGUUUCCAUGACACCGCCCCAUUCUCACGCUUUCCAUCACCUUGCCCCAUUCUCCUGCUUUCCAUCACCCCGCCCCAUUCUCCCUCCUUCCAUCACCCCGCCCCAUUCUCCCUCCUUCCAUAGCCCCGCCCCAUUCUCCUACUUUCCAUCACCCUGCCCCAUUCUCCCGCUUUCGAUCAACCCGCCCCAUUCUCCCGCUUUCCCUCACCCCGCCCCACUUUCCAUCACCCCGCCCCAUUCUCCCGCUUUCCAUCAUCCUGCCCCGUUCUCCCACUUUGCAUCACCCCGCCCCAUUCUCCAGCUUUCCAUCACCCCGUCGCAUUCUCCCACUUUCCAUCACCCCGCCCUGUUCUCCCACUUUCCAUCACCCCGCCCCAUUCUCCCGCUUUCCAUCACCCCGCCCCAUUCUCCCGCUUUCCAUCACCCCGCCCCAUUCUCCCUCCCUCCAUCACCGCGCCCCAUUCUCCCUCCUUCCAUCACCCUGCCCCAUUCUCCCGCUUUCCAUCACCUCACCCUGUUCUCUCGCUUUCCAUCACCCCGCCUCAUUCUCCCGCUUCCCAUAACCCCACCCCAUUCUCCCGCUUUCCAUCACCCCGCCACAUUCUCCCACUUUCCAUCACCCCGCCCCCUUCUCUCUCCUUCCAUCACCCCGCCCCAUUCUCCCUCCUUCCAUCACCCCGCCCCAUUCUCCCGCUUUCCAUCAGCCCGCCCCAUUCUCCCGCUUUUCAUCACCCCUCCCCUUUCUCCUGCUUUCCAUCUCCCCGCCCCAUUCUCCCGCUUUCCAUCACCCCGCCCCAUUCUCCCGCUUUCCAUCACCCCGCCCCAUUCUUCCGCUUCCCAUCAUCUCGCCCCAUUCCCCCGCUUUCCAUCACCCCUCCCCAUUCUCCCUCCUUCCAUCACCCCGCCCCAUUCUCUCGCUUUCCAUCACCCCGCCCCAUUCUCCCGCUUUCCAUCACGCCGCCCCAUUCUCCCGCUUUCCAUCACCCCGCCCCAUUCUCCCUCCUUCCAUCACCCCGCCCCAUUCUCCCGCUUUCCAUCACCCCGCCUUAUUCUCCCUCCUCCAUCACCCCGCCCCAUUCUCCCUCAUUCCAUCACCCCGCCCCAUUCUCUUGCUUUCCAUCACCCCGCCCCAUUCUCCCGCUUCCCAAAACCCCACCCCAUUCUCCCGCUUUCCAUCAACCCGCCACAUUUUCCCACUUUCCAUCACCCCGCCCCCUUCUCUCUCCUUCCAUCACCCCGCCCCAUUCUCCCUCCUUCCAUCACCCCGCCCCAUUCUCCCGCUUUCCAUCAGCCCGCCCCAUUCUCCCGCUUUCCAUCACCCCGCCCCUUUCUCCCGCUUUCCAUCUUCCCGCCCCAUUCUCCCGCUUUCCAUCACCCCGCCCCAUUCUCCCGCUUUCCAUCACCCCGCCCCAUUCUUCCGCUUCCCAUCAUCCCGCCCCAUUCCACCGCUUUCCAUCACCCCUCCCCAUUCUCCCUCCAUCCAUCACCCCGCCCCAUUCUUCCGCUUUCCAUCACCUCGCCCCAUUCUCCCGCUUUCCAUCACCCCGCCCCAUUCUUUUGCUUUCCAUCACCCCCGCCCCAUUCUCCCGCUUUCCAUCACCCUGCCCCAUUCACCCGCUUUCCAUCACCCGCCCCAUUCUCCCGCUUUCCAUCACCCCGCCCCAUUCUCCCGCUUUCCAUCACCCUGCUCCAUUCUCCCGCUUUCCAUCACCCCGCCCCAUUCUCCCGCUUUCCAUCACCCCGCCCCAUUCUCCCGCUUUCCAUCACUCCGACCCAUUCUCCCGCUUUCCAUCACCCCGACCCAUUCUCCCCACUUUCCAUCACCCCGCCCCAUUCUCCCUCCUUCCAUCACCCCGCCUCAUUCUUCCUCCUUCCAUCACCCCGCCCCAUUCUCCCGCUUUCCAUCACCCCACCCCAUUCUCCCGCUUUCCAUCGCCCAGCCCCAUUCUCCCGCUUUCGAUCAACCCGCCCCAUUCUCCCGCUUUCCCUCACCCCGCCCCAGUCUCCCGCAUUCCAUUGCCCCGCCCUAUUCUCCCGCUUUCCAUCACCUCGCCCCCUUCUCCCGCUUUCCAUCACCCCGCCCCAAUCUCCCUCCUUCCAUCACCCCACCCCAUUCUCCCUCCUUUCAUCAUCCCGCCCCAUUCUCCCGCUUUCCAUCACCCCGCCCCAUUCUCCCGCUUUCCAUCACCCCGCCCCAUUCUCCCGCUUUCCAUCACCCCGCCCCAUUCUCCCACUUUCCAUCACCGCGCCCCAUUCUCCUGCUUUCCAUCACCCCGCCCCAUUCUCCAGCCUUUCCAUCACCCCGCCCCAUUCUCCCGCUUUCCAUCACCCCGCCCCGUUCUCCCACUUUGCAUCACCCCGCCCCAUUCUCCAGCUUUCCAUCACCCCGUCGCAUUCUCCCACUUUCCAUCACCCCGCCCUGUUCUCCCACUUUCCAUCACCCCGCCCCAUUCUCCCGCUUUCCAUCACCCCGCCCCAUUCUCCCGCUUUCCAUCACCCCGCCCCAUUCUCCCUCCCUCCAUCACCGCGCCCCAUUCUCCCUCCUUCCAUCCCCCUGCCCCAUUCUCCCGCUUUCCAUCACCUCGCCCUGUUCUCUCGCUUUCCAUCACCCCGCCUCAUUCCCCCGCUUCCCAUAACCCCACCCCAUUCUCCCGCUUUCCAUCACCCCGCCACAUUCUCCCACUUUCCAUCACCCCGCCCCCUUCUCUCUCCUUCCAUCACCCCGCCCCAUUCUCCCUUCUUCCAUCACCCCGCCCCAUUCUCCCGCUUUCCAUCAGCCCGCCCCAUUCUCCCGCUUUCCAUCACCCCUCCCCUUUCUCCUGCUUUCCAUCUCCCCGCCCCAUUCUCCCGCUUUCCAUCACCCCGCCCCAUUCUCCCGCUUUCCAUCACCCCGCCCCAUUCUUCCGCUUCCCAUCAUCUCGCCCCGUUCCCCCCGCUUUCCAUCACCCCUCCCCAUUCUCCCUCCUUCCAUCACCCCGCCCCAUUCUCUCGCUUUCCAUCACCCCGCCCCAUUCUCCCGCUUUCCAUCACGCCGCCCCAUUCUCCCGCUUUCCAUCACCCCGCCCCAUUCUCCCUCCUUCCAUCACCCCGCCCCAUUCUCCCGCUUUCCAUCACCCCGCCUUAUUCUCCCUCCUCCAUCACCCCGCCCCAUUCUCCCUCAUUCCAUCACCCCGCCCCAUUCUCCCGCUUUCCAUCACCCCGCCCCAUUCUCCCGCUUCCCAAAACCCCACCCCAUUCUCCCGCUUUCCAUCAACCCGCCACAUUUUCCCACUUUCCAUCACCCCGCCCCCUUCUCUCUCCUUCCAUCACCCCGCCCCAUUCUCCCUCCUUCCGUCACCCCGCCCCAUUCUCCCGCUUUCCAUCAGCCCGCCCCAUUCUCCCGCUUUCCAUCACCCCGCCCCUUUCUCCCGCUUUCCAUCUUCCCGCCCCAUUCUCCCGCUUUCCAUCACCCCGCCCCAUUCUCCCGCUUUCCAUCACCCCGCCCCCUUCUUCCGCUUCCCAUCAUCCCGCCCCAUUCCACCGCUUUCCAUCACCCCUCCCCAUUCUCCCUCCAUCCAUCACCCCGCCCCAUUCUUCCGCUUUCCACCACCCGCCCCAUUCUCCCGCUUUCCAUCACCUCGCCCCAUUCUCCCGCUUUCCAUCACCCCGCCCCAUUCUUUUGCUUUCCAUCACCGCGCCCCAUUCUCCCGCUUUCCAUCACCCUGCCCCAUUCACCCGCUUUCCAUCACCCGCCCCAUUCUCCCGCUUUCCAUCACCCCGCCCCAUUCUCCCGCUUUCCAUCACCCUGCUCCAUUCUCCCGCUUUCCAACACCCCGCCCCAUUCUCCCGCUUUCCAUCACCCCGCCCCAUUCUCCCGCUUUCCAUCACUCCGACCCAUUCUCCCGCUUUCCAUCACCCCGACCCAUUCUCCCACUUUCCAUCACCCCGCCCCAUUCUCCCUCCUUCCAUCACCCCGCCUCAUUCUUCCUCCUUCCAUCACCCCGCCCCAUUCUCCCGCUUUCCAUCACCCCACCCCAUUCUCCCGCUUUCCAUCGCCCAGCCCCAUUCUCCCGCUUUCCAUCACCCCGCCCCAUUCUCCCGCUUUCCAUCACCCUGCCCCAAUCUCCCGCUUUCCAUCACCCCGCCCCAUUCUCCCUCCUUCCAUCACCCCGCCCCAUUCUCCCGCUUUCCAUCACCCCGCCCCAUUCUCCCGCUUUCCAUCACCCAGCCCAUUCUCCCGCUUUCCAUCACCCCGCCCCAUUCUCCCGCUUUCCAUCACCCCACCCCAUUCUCCCUCCUUCCAUCACCCCGCCCCAUUCUCCCUCCUUCCAUCACCCUGCCUCAUUCUCCCUCCUUCCAUCACCCCGCCCCAUUCUCCCGCUUUCCAUCACCUCGCCCCAUUCUCCCGCUUUCCAUCACCCAGCCCCAUUCUCCCGCUUUCCAUCACGCCGCCCCAUUUUCCCGCUUUCCAUCACCCCGCCCCAUUCUCCCGCUUUCCAUCACCCUGCCCCAAUCUCCCGCUUUCCAUCACCCCGCCCCAUUCUCCCUCCUUCCAUCACCCCGCCCCAUUCUCCCGCUUUCCAUCACCCCGCCCCAUUCUCCCGCUUUCCAUCACCCUGCCCCGAUCUCCCGCUUUCCAUCACCCCGCCCCAUUCUCCCUCCUUCCAUCACCCCGCCCCAUUCUCCAGCUUUCCAUCAUCCCGCCCCCAUUCUCCUGCUUUCCAUCACCCAGCCCCAUUCUCCCGCUAUCCAUCACCCCGCCCCAUUCUCCCGCUUUCCAUCACCCCACCCCAUUCUCCCUCCUUCCAUCACCCCCGCCCCAUUCUCCCUCCUUCCAUCACCCCGCCCCAUUCUCCCGCUUUCCAUCACCCCCCCCCAUUCUCCCUCCUUCCAUCACCCCGCCCCAUUCUCCCUCCUUCCAUCACCCCGCCCCAUUCUCCCGCUUUCCAUCACCCCGCCCCAUUCUCCCGCUUCCCAUAACCCCACCCCAUUCUCCCGCUUUCCAUCACCCCGCCACAUUCUCCCGCUUUCUAUCACCCCGCCCCAUUCUCCCUCCUUCCAUCACCCCGCUACAUUCUCCCGCUUUCCAUCACCCUGCCCCAUUCUCCCGAUUUCCAUCACCCCGCCCCAUUCUCCCGCUUUCCAUCACCCCGCCCCAUUCUCCCGCUUUCCAUCACCCCGCCCC